CAUAGCCACCAGUUUCAUUUUCAUUCAGGACCCCAAGAAGCACGCUGAAAUAUUUACGGCCGACUCUGUUGUCGUUGUGGAUGAAAACUGAAAUGUUAACAAUUUAAGUAGAUAAACUUAAAAUACUAUGACAGAUCUCUGUAUGAAAUGAGUGAAAAUUAAUUCUUUAUAAAAUAGUUUGCCAGGAUUGUCGCUUACGUCCGUCUAGCCUUCCGUAACAUUCUGACUUAGUGAAAUAUCCAGAUAAAUAUGUCAACUUCGCUUACAGUUCCUGUAAUUGAUGUCCAGAAUGAUAACUUUAAGGAGCUUUGGCCUGCUAUGGUUGUUGCAAUUAAAACGUCUUCUUUUAUUGCACUCGACACUGAGCUGAGUGGGUUGGGAAACAGGAAGUCCUUGCUUGCGGAAUCUAUAGAAGACAGAUACAAAGCAAUAUGCCAUGCUGCUCGCUCCCGCUCCAUCCUCUCUCUGGGAAUCGCCUGCUACAAGAAACUAGACCACAAGGCUCCAGAUACGUACCUGGUACAGGUGUAUAACCUGACCCUGCUGUGUUCAGAGGAGUACAUCAUAGAGCCCCAGUCCGUCCAGUUCCUGGUGCAGCAUGGAUUUGACUUUAACAAGCAGUACAGCCAUGGCAUCCCUUACUGUAAGGGCAACAGUAAGGGAGAAGCAGAUGACCGUGGAGUCCACAUCCGAGCGUUGUUCACCGAAUUGCUGCGCGCCAGCAAACCCCUGGUGCUCCACAAUGGCCUCAUCGACAUGGCCUUUCUUUAUCAAAGUUUCUAUGCUCACCUCCCAGACCGCCUGACCACCUUCACAGCUGACCUGUCUGAGAUGUUUCCUGCUGGAGUUUAUGACACCAAAUACGUGACAGAGUUUGAGCUCCGGCUGUCUGCCUCCUAUCUGGAGUACGCCUAUAAGAAAUGUUAUUUGGAUAACAGCCGUCGUGUCACCUCGGGUUCACCAGAAACUCGGGUUCACUUAGAGUUUUGUCAGUAUGCUGGCCACAUGUCCAUUUACGUGGACUACAGAGAGUGUCCAGCUGUGACCACAGCGGAGGGACAAACUGACAUCUGCCAGCGCUUCUCCGCUUUCGGCUGGUGUCCGAAUGGCACCAAGUGUCCGCUGUCCCAUGAUACAGACCUAAUCAUCCUGCAGGAUGAGAAGUGCAAAGAGGACAAAAGGAAGAAAAGAAAAAGACAAAGAGAGAAAAGGAAACGAGGAGAAGCAGCUGAAGUGAUUUCUGACGGUGCCCCACAAAACAAAAGACACAACAUGGAAGUGGAUGAAGAAGAAGGAACCCAGGGGGAGCAGCAGGAGCAAAGGGCAGAGCCUCAAAUGGACAGCGAUGGAAACGGCAAACAGGACGAGGGGAAUGGGCCGUGUGAAGACGAAGCAGGUAGCAGAAACUCUGAAACGACAGGCCCGGCUGAGGAAAGCAGAACAGGUGUGGAUGAUGCUGAGAGGAGGAAGAAGGCUGACACAGGAACACACCGGGCAGGCUUUGACGCCUUCAUGACCGGAUACAUCUUUGCCUACUCCUGUGUGCUCACCGAGGAGGAGGUGGAAGCAGGAAGAGAUGAGGCAGAGCGCUCGUGGCUCCCCGCCUGUAAUAAUAAGGUUUACCUCAGCGGCAAGGCAGCUCCUCUCAAUGUAGUUAAAAGCACCUUCUCCAAGUCCUCCAAAGCUCAUAUCCAGAAGAUGGAAAUGGUGUGGGGGGCAAAAAGUAAUUCUACACACCAGAGUUGACAUUUCAAGAUAAGGGACCAUGUGAUUGAUGUAUGUCACUUUUCAGUUUAUUGCUUUGACUCUUUUACUAAUAUUUGUUUUAAGUCAACCAGUCCCCGAGUGCUUAGCUGUAUCAAAGCGAACACGAGCUUCGCCACACUGUCCGCUCUAGUUGGUCAUAAAUAUAUUAGGAGUUUGGGUUUUUUUGCUGACAGGCUCGUAACAAACAAACAUUCUGAGGAUAAUCAUCGUUAAGCAGCAAGCUGCUCUAUUAUUUUCCUAAUUAAAAAUUAAUAAUCAGAUUAUUUUUGAAAAAAUGACCCAUUUCUGGUGGCUGGCUGCUGAUUUUCUUUCACUAAACACGUUUACAUUAAAAUAAGGUCAUCAUCAGCAGUUUUUAGUUUUUGGUAUAAAAAAACUUUUUACUCAACUUCAUUAAUACACUUAAACUACUAAAUGAGGUAGAAACCCCAUCAGGUAAACUACUUCCUUCACAUAAAGGCAGAUGUUGUAUUUCCUGUUUUUGUGGUAAUAAAAGUUUAAAACGAUUGUGUGUUCAUGAGGUUUUUCAGCUCUUGAGCUCAUUCAGAGUUGAAAAUAAGAAUAAAAACGAUAAAUAGCGAUGAAAACUAGUUUUCCAUGACUUGUGGCCAACAGUAAAUGACUGCUGGUGUUUAGCAGUCUCAGAUGCUUUGCACCAAAGUGUGUUGGAAAUAAAAUUCUGUUACACCAAAAUCCAUUUAUUAAAUAAAGAUGGUAACAGUUAAAUUUGUACAUAUAAAAAUGCAUCAGGAAAGUAACUGUUGCACAAUACAGCUGCAUGGUAGUGACCCCGGCUGGUGGCACUGUGGCCCUAUAAGAAAGUUGCCUGUUCAAAUCCCCUGAACUUCUUUCGUUGUUUUUUUGACUGUUCGGACACUUAGAAAGCAGCUAAAAACCCCUUCCAUUUAAAAUGCAUUAUAAAGUUUUAUUUUUCCAUUUGUAUUAUGAUCUUAUUUGUUUAGUCAGUUUGUUUGUUUUAAUUAAUCUUUGUCUUUUAAUAAAGGUUUUAAGUUUGA